GUGGAGAACACAUCAUCACCUUCAAUCGCGUCGCCCUAUAAAAAUCGCGAGUAGCUUUCAAAAAUUAUUCAGUCUGAUACAUCUUUACCAACGAAACAACAAAGAUACAACAAACGCGUAAAAAUGGCACUCACACAGGAACUAAGAGACGAAUUCACUGCCGCUUUCGAGCUUUUCACAACUGAAUCGGACGGUUUUCUCGAUGACGAGGGAUUAGGAAAAGUUUUGCGUAUGCUUGGACAAGAUCCAAUGGAUGAUGAACUUUCAGAAAUUAUUAAAGAUAAUGGAAGUGGCGGUACCAUGUGUCUUGAAGAUUUUCUAGGAUAUAUGACUCGCCAACUAUCCGGACAAAUUCAAGAUAAAAGGGAGGAAGAUUUAUCUAAAGAAUUUAAAAAGUUAUUGCAAGAAUCUUUUCGCUGGUACGACAAAAAUGGAGAUGGUUUUUUGACAAAAGAGGAAUUGACAGCAGCUCUGAACGCAACAGGAGAAAAAGUUUUCGAAUGGGAAGUAGAUGAAUUCUUGAACAACGCCGAUGAUAACAAAGACAACGCGCUUGAUUUCGAUGAAUGGAUUUUGCUCAUGAAAGACUUGGAAGGACAAGUUGAUUAUUGAUGAUGGCGCACUUCCUUUUUAUGGUUUUCUACGAAAAACAGCCGCAAUCAAGAGCUGGCUUUAAGAUCUGGUUCACUUUACUAUUUAUCUUAUGAAAUUUAUUUUAAUCAUUCUGAAAUAAAAAUGAAAUUGUUAAAGCCA